AAAUCGACAACGUUGUUGUCGUUGUUGUGUCGGCUGAGAAGAAAAAAUGAAAUUUGGAUCAACUUUAUAUUCAUGGUGUGACAAAAGCUAACGGGAUAUGGCCAAUGCCGUAAUUGUGCUCGACAAUGGGGCGCACACAGCCAAGGUGGGGCUAGCUCAUCAGGAUGAGCCACGGGUUAUUCCCAAUUGCAUUAUGAAGGCAAAGAGCGAACGACGCCGGGCCUUUAUUGGGUCUCAGAUCGAGGAAUGCCGGGAUACAUCGGCGCUUUUCUACAUCCUGGCUUUCCAGCGGGGUUACCUUCUAAACUGGGACACUCAAAAGACCGUGUGGGAUUACAUAUUCAGUAAGGAUGGCAUCGGUUGCACACUGGAUAAUCGGAAUAUAGUUAUUACGGAGCCGCAGAUGAAUUUCCAAAGUGUGCAGGAGGCCAUGCUUGAGAUGCUUUUCGAAGAGUACCGAGUGGCUGGGCUCUACAAGACAACAGCUGCGGAUCUUGCUGCCUUCAACUAUGUGGCGGAUAGCGAGGAGCGGACUACAAUGCAAUCACUCAACUGUAUUAUUAUCGAUGUAGGCUAUAGUUUCACCCAUAUUGUGCCCUUUGUCCUGGGACGUCGAGUGCAGGAGGCUAUUCGCCGCAUCGAUGUGGGCGGUAAGGCUCUGACAAAUCAUAUGAAGGAACUGAUAUCUUACCGUCACCUCAAUAUGAUGGAUGAGAGCCAUGUAGUCAAUCAGAUCAAGGAGGAUGUGUGCUUUGUGGCCGAGGAUUUUAAAGAUACAAUGCGUGUCCAUCAAAGUGAAGCAAAGCGGAAACAGGUGGCCAUCGAUUAUGUACUGCCAGACUUUACAACAGUAAAACGUGGCUAUGUACGCAUACCAGGACAUCCACGUGAGGAUGAAGAGCAGCAGCAGAUGGUGCCACUGUGCAAUGAACGUUUCACAGUGCCUGAAUUGCUUUUUAAUCCCUCCGACAUUGGCAUACCUCAGGUGGGCAUACCAGAAGCAGUAGCUGAUGCGCUACAGGCAUGCCCCUGGCAAGCUCAUCGUGAACUCUUGCUCAACAUUCUAAUUGUGGGUGGAAGUUCCCAGUUUCCUGGCUUUUUGCCGCGCCUAAAACGGGAUUUACGGGCCCUGGUGCCCGACGAUCUAGAAGUAUCCCUAAUUUGCCCCGAGGAUCCAGUGCGUUAUGCUUGGUAUGGUGGUAGGGAAAUCGCCACCAGUCCCAACUUUGACGAAUUUCUCUAUACACGCGAUGAUUACGAGGAAUUCGGAGUACAUGCGUUGCAACAUCGUUGAGUCCCGAAUCGAAACAUACGGCCUGUUUAGUAUUCCUUAACUAAAAUAUAUAUUCAAAUUCAGAUGAAUUGGAUUUCCAAUAUUUCUCGUAGAAACUAGUUAACAAUUUGUGUAUAUUAAUUUCGUUUUUCCAUUUAUAAUAUUAUGAAUUAUGUUUUAAUAAACAGAAUUAAGCAUCUAAUAAUAACUAAA